AUGAACUACGCGGUGGUGAUUGGCCUACUGGUUGUCAUGACAACCGUACAGGCGGCAAGGAACUCCACAGAGUGGUUGAAAUAUGAGGAGGAAUGGACCAGAUACAAGAUACAAUUUGGAAAAGUGUACACCACGCGAGAGGAGGAGGCUCGCAAUGGGAAAAUCUUCCGUGAGAACCUGGACUAUAUUUUCAAACACAACCAGGAGGCUGACAGGGGUUUACACUCCUACAGACUGGGGGUCACACCUUUCGCUGACAUGACACCAGAGGAGUUCGUCCAAUCUCGAUCAGAUGUGGCACGGAUUUUCAACAGCCAGAAUUCCUCUCUGGACAACUUGAAGACCCACGUACCUUCUAGGAGCAGUUCAAAAUUGGAAUUCAAAGAUUGGCGAGAUGACAACGUCAUAACGGAUGAAGUGCGCAGCCAGGGUGACUGCAACUCCUGCUACGCAAUAGCGGCGGUGAGCUCAUGA